AUGGGUCUCUUCGAGGACUGUUUCAACGGCACUCUAACCGCCACUCAGCUCAAGGGCUAUCUCGCCUCCACUGACAUCAAUGCCCAGCACCCCGAUAAGGGCAUCACCCCUCUCAUCGCCGCCGUCUUCUCAAGCCAAGCUACCACCGUCAGGCGUCUCCUCGAAGUGGGCAAAGCCGACCCUAACACGCCGUCCAUAGAUGGCCAGACGCCCCUGUCAUGGGCUGCCUCCACGGCUAGAAAGAAUCGCGCACAGAUCGUCAGUCUCUUACUCGAGAACGGUGCCGACGUCGAUUCCACAUGCGACGCCGUCCGUGGCGAGACACCCUUGAUGCUCGUCCUGAACGAGACUCGUGACCCGGAUGUCAUCCGGUUGCUAGUGGAGGCGGGAGCUUCGUUGGACGCUGUGAAUAAGAAGGGUGAGACGGUGGAGGAUAUCGCGAGGAGGUUGAAUAGUCCCGCGGUGAAUGCGGCACUGUAUCCGAAUAAGAGUAGGAUUGACUUGGGGGAGGUGAUUAGAACUAUUGUGGGCCUGAUUGGCAUUAUCCUCGCGUGGGUUAAUAAUGAGACGGUUAAUAAGAUCGUGAGGGGCGUGACGAAGGAGAUGAAUGAGGUUGUCAAGAGGAUGCAUGGGAUCGAUGGGGAGAGGGAUGAUAAUCUAGAGAAGGCAACCGAAUUCAAGGCGUCAAUCAGCACCUUCGUAACCAAAACCGGUCUCGAUACCUUUUUCUCUGGAGAGAACAAACAGUUCCUGCAAACCGUGGCAGAGAAAGCAACCGACCUGCUCAGCGAUCCCAUGGACCCGUUGAGUAAACCGGAGAAUGUCAAGACUCUCAUCCGCGUCAGCAUGUUUCAACCUGUCAUCUAUUGCGAUGACAGUGGCUCAAUGCUCGAAGACGGCCGAGCGCAGGCGCAAGCCGCCCUCGUGGAGCGGAUUGCGCGCAUCACCACCCGCCUGGUCCCGAAGGGCGAGGGCGUGGAGUUGCGCUUUAUUAACGCUGGCGGGGAAAACCUCAGCAAAUUGGAUGCACAAGGUAUCCGGGAACGCAUGGAAGCCCUCAAGAUCACGAAGGGUAGCUAUACACAGAUUGGCACUGGUCUUAAAGAGAAAAUCCUGAAGCCUCUUGUUUACGACAAACUUGAUAAUAAGCAAGGGUUGGUUAGGCCACUCCUCAUAUGCAUCAUCACCGAUGGCCAUCCGGAGAACCCCAAAGCUUUCGGUGGGAUGAAGCAGAACGUGGAGACGCUCUAUACGACUAUGGACGCAAUCUACGAGUGUGGAAACAGGUUGGAGGGGAGUGAAGAGGAGUAUCCGAGGACAUGUGUCCGCUUCUUGGUCAGUCAAAUCGGGAAUGACAGAAAAGCCAAGGAUUUUCUGAAAGCCCUGAGUGACGACACGCGCUUGAAUGAUGUUAUUCACGUUACGGCGGAUGGCGAGCUUUACGGGAUAACAACCGACAUCUGGAAGAAUGGCUACUUCAGACGCUCCUUGCACCCAUCGUGGAUAAGGGGGCAGAUUGAGUUUGAGUCAUAG